AGCGACACGUGUGCGUCCAUAGCAGCAGCGUUCAACGUCACCAAGGAGCAGCUGCAAGAGCGCAACCACGAGCUCAAAUGCAGCAAGGCGCUGCAGAUAGGGCAGCAGGUAUGGCAGGCUUCCAGGGGCAGUGGUUGGCCGUUUCCCAAGCCCGUCCUCUCCUCUUCCAAUGGAGGGGACAGGCACAACACUUCUCGAGUGUGUGUGGUGCGGGGGACAGCCGACCUGCCCGUGUGUCAGGAGUAUGUGACUGUAGCGGAGGGAGACACGUGUGACACUAUAAUGAGAUCCGCGCGGCCGCCCCUGACCAGCCAGGAGUUCUAUGCGCUGAAUCCGGGCAUCAACUGCAACGUGGGGGAGCAGAGCCUGCUGGGGCAGCAGAUCUGUACUCGCGGUGGCCAAUCAAGUGUUUUGCUGGGUGCUUCAAAAUUCUACCUUCCUUCUCCGCUAGAUAACAUUAAAAUGGCUGCGAUGCUCACUUCCAGCCUCUGCAGCAGCAAUCCAGCUGCGAGGCUUUUCCCCAGCUUGAAGCCCGCGUUGUCCGCAAAUGCCGUACAAGCACUCACCUCUCGUUACAGUCACACACCGCUCCAGCUGUCAAGCUGCUCCAAUCGCAGCCAGCGGCUGGUUGUCGUGGAAGCAUCAACUGCCAAUCCGUCCCAGAUUUCGUUUGCAACAGCGGUGGAGAGCCAACCUACCCUCUUCCAGGCAAUCGACUUCAAGAAGCUUCAAAACGGAAGUGACAUAAGGGGAGUGGCUAUUCCGGGGGUGGAGGGCGAACCUGUGACACUAACGGAGCCAGCAGCGGAGGCGAUAGGCGCGGCCUUUGCUCGGUUCCUGAAGUGGAAGAAGGAGCAGGCGGGCGAGAAGGCCGAUGGGCAACUGAGCGUGUCCAUCGGGCAUGACUCGAGAGUGUCGGCUGAUGUGAUCACGGCAGCAGUGGCGCGUGGGCUGGCAGGCGAGGGCGUGAAGGUGGUUCGGUUUGGCCUGGCGUCCACGCCAGCCAUGUUCAGCAGCACAGUCACAGAGGAUGCGAGCCUGCACUGCCCCAACGACGGAGGCAUCAUGAUCACAGCCAGCCACCUCCCCUUCAACCGUAACGGCCUCAAGUUCUUCACAGCAAAGGGCGGCGCAAACAAGGCAGAUAUCGCGGCCAUCCUGGCGUCUGCCGCCCAGAUCUACGAGUCCAUGUCAGCAGAAUCCGUGCAGGCCAAUCAGGAGAAGGCGGAGAAGCAGACGGUGCAUGUGGAUUAUAUGAAGAGAUACGCUGCAGAUUUGGUUGACGCUGUGAGGAAGGCGGCUAAGGCUGGAGAUCGUCCAUUGGAGGGUUACCACAUCGUGGUUGAUGCUGGUAACGGCGCAGGGGGCUUUUUUGCUGCCGGGGUGCUGGAGCCUCUAGGAGCCAACACUUCUGGCAGUCAAUUCCUUGAGCCUGAUGGCCUGUUUCCGAACCACAUUCCGAACCCAGAGGACAAGGCAGCCAUGGAGGCGAUCACAGGCGCGGUGCUGAGGGAGAAGGCGGACCUUGGGAUCAUCUUUGACACUGACGUGGACAGAGCUGCAGCCGUUGAUUCGUCCGGCAAGGAGAUCAACCGCAACCGUCUGAUUGCUCUCAUCGCGGCGAUCGUGCUCGAGGAGCACCCAGGCACCACUAUAGUCACGGACAGUGUGACAUCGGAUGGACUGACCACAUUCAUUGAAUCUAAGCUCGGGGGCAAGCAUCUGAGGUUCAAGCGGGGCUAUAAGAACGUGAUUGAUGAGGGCAUCAGACUGAACUCGGUGGGAGAGGAGUGCCAUCUUGCCAUGGAGACCAGCGGCCAUGGGGCUCUCAAGGAGAACAGAUGGCUUGAUGAUGGCGCCUACCUCAUGGUGAAGCUGCUGGUGAAACUGGCAUCAGCAGCAGGCAAGGGGGAGGCAAAGGGCAGUGCGGUGUUGACGCGCAUGAUAGAGGACCUGCAGGAGGCUGACGAGGCUACGGAGGUUCGGCUGCGAAUCAACCAGGACCACGCUGACGUGACACCCAUAGGGUUCCGCGCAUACGGGGAGAAGGUUCUAGAGGCGCUCACAGCCAUGGUGGAGAGCGAUGCUGCACUCUCCAAGGCCCCUGUCAACUACGAAGGGGUGCGGGUGUCCGGGUUCGGUGGAUGGUUCCUGCUGCGCUUGUCUCUCCACGACCCUGUCUUGCCACUCAACAUUGAGGGCCCUUCCAAGGCGGCCACCAGGAGGCUGGCAGAAGCUGUUGUGUCUGUGACAUCGCAGUUUCCUGCUCUGGACACGUCUGCUCUUCGCAACCAAGGAAGCAGCGGAGCGAGGGAUCGUAACCGAUACGAAACGGACGACGGCGGAGGGAGCGGAACUGGGGGCAGAUGGCGGGGCUCAGGCGGAGCGGGAGGCGGAGGAGGCGGCGGAGGAAGCAGGGGAGGAGGCGGUGGAGGAAGCGGGGGAGGAGGGGGAGGGGGCGGAGGGGAAGGGGGAGGUGGGAGCGGAAUGGGAAGCGGAUGGGGAGGCGGGAGCGGAAACGAGGGUUCAGGGUUUGGAGGGUUUGGAAGCUUCCCACCAUCUUCCUUACCUCGCCUCAGCCCGCUGAACAUCCUUCUCGAAAUCCAGCGGCGCGUGAACAGUUACUUUGCCGCCCGGCCGCUGCGCAGAGCCAUGUUUGGCGGCAUCGCAUUGUUUGGCGGUUUCUACGUCGCCCAAACCAUCUCUCUCUCCUUCGGCGCUCUGAGCGUGAAUGACGUGGCAGCUGCUGCGAUAUGUCUGGUUUUCACCGAAGUGGUAACCAGAUCGUACUACUCUACGUUACGCCCGUCGUUCCCACUCGCUCUGCUGAACGUGUUCAAGAUGGGAUUCACUUACGGUCUCUUCAUAGACGCUUUCAAGCUAGCCAGCUGA